AUAAUCCUCCCAAGAUUACACGUUUGCCCAUCUUUUUUGUGUUUUUUUGGCCUCUUUUUCUCAAUUUUUAACUUUCAUGCAUGGAAUUUUUCUCUAACUAUAACACACAAAAAACAAAGUAAAAGAGAAAAAAAUGAAAGAAAAAGUCUUUGGCUUUCUGUUAUGAUCAUUUAUUUUGUUUCUUUUAUUAGUCUUUGAACAAUUUUUGGCUUGUUAUAUGGCUAUUUAAGUUCAAAGUUCUGAUAUUUAUUUAAUGUUCUUUGCUGUUUUUAUUUUGGAUUCUUGAAAUACUGAAUGUUUCAGCAAAAGGGUAUUUUUCUUUUUAUGUGUUUGUGACUUUAUGUUGUGUGUAAGACUGAGAUUACAUAGAUAUGGUAUUCAAAGAUUCAUUCUUUUUGUUGUAGGUUUGAUUUUUUUACUUCACAAAAAGUGUCUUUUGAGUUCGGUGCAGUAAAGCUCCCGUUUACAUCGAUAUGUUAUUCAAAGAUUCAUUCUUUUUGUUUUUGGUCUGAUUUUUUACUUCCUAAAAGGUGUCUAGAUACGUCAGUACUAAAACUCUCGCUGCGUGUGCAUCUGACUAGUUGAUUGUGUUUUUGAAUAAUCCUUAUUGCUUGAAAAACACUUUGUGAUCUUUGUCCCAACCCCAUAAGGCCAAAGUUUUGAACUUUUUCCAAGUUUUGUGUUUUCUUGAUCUUCUUUUUUUAUUUGGGGUUUUGUUUUUUUUGGGUGUUCUUGAAAUGUGGAAUAUGAUUUGAACUUGCAAGAUUAUUCAAUUUUUUUUAUUUUACUUGUUGAUUUCUCUUUGAAAAUUUUUGAACUGAAAUGGAAGAAGAUCAAGAUUUGAAGUUUGUAUGCAAGUUGUGUAACAAAAAGUACCCCUGUGGGAAGUCAUUAGGGGGCCACAUGAGAUCUCAUGUACUUAACAAUUCAGAUGAAUUUGAGGAAAAGUUGGAGUCUUGGAGUGCUAGAGAGAAUUCCCAUCAAUCAAAAUUUGAUCUUGGUGGGAAUUCUGGCUAUGGACUUAGAGAGAAUCCCAAGAAAACAUGGAGGGCUGUUGAUUCAACUUCAGCUAAUUUACUUCCUCAAGAAAAAGUUUGUCAACAAUGUGGUAAAGUGUUUCAGUCAUUGAAAGCUUUGUGUGGUCAUAUGGCUUGUCAUUCAGAGAAGCUAGUGGUGGAUAGUCAUUCAGAUACUGAAACUGAUGAUGAUGAUGAGGAGGAGGAGGAGGAGGAGGAGGAGGAGGAGGCAAAGCUGAGGAACCGAUUAUCAUCGAAGACUAAGAGGUAUAAGAGAAUUGUAGUUAAGUCUUCUAAUAAUUACAGUUUAGUGAAUAAUAAUAGUAGUGUUAAUGUUAAUUGUAAUGGUUCAUCAUCGGUAUCUGAGAUCGAUGAGAAUGAUCAAGAAGAAGUAGCCAAGUGUUUAAUGAUGUUGUCUAGGGAUUCGGCGAAUUGGAAUGGUGUUAAUUCAGUUGUUGAGUCUUCUGAUAACAAUUCUGUUGUUUUGGAGACUAAAUCAUCCUCUACUGACAUGAGAUUAGGUAGGAAGGAUAGGCUAAAAUGUGUUUAUAAUCAAGACGAGACACCGGGAACUAAGAAAAGGGAAGAAAGGAAGGUGAAACUUAGUGGUAAUUUAGGUGGUGAAGCUGAAUAUGAGAGCUCUGAUGAUUCUGGAUACUUUUUAGAUGAAAAUACUAUAGUUGAAUCGGACAUAUCAGUCGAUGGAUUCCAUAGAAAUGGGAACAGUAAAUGGAGUACUACUCGAAUGAGCAAUGCUGUUUGGUGUGAUGAGUCGCGGAUUGAUAAGGGAAAGGGCUUAAACAGAACCAAGAAAUAUCCAAUAGAGUCGAGGAAGGAUUUGAACGAUGAUUGUGGAUUUGAUGAUUACCCGAUAGCUGCAUAUAUGGAUAAAUGUGAACCAAGAAAGCGAACUAAGGAUAGUUCUUAUCAUCCAGAAUUAGGUAAUAAGUCCUUUAAGAAGAUAAAACUCGGUCCCAAAAGUCCCGAAGGAUGCAAAAAUGUUGAAAAGAAGAAGUAUGAGUGCUUGAACUGCAAGAAGAGUUUUAACUCUUUUCAGGCUCUUGGUGGACAUAGACCGUGUCAUAAGAAGGCCAAUGCAUAUCUCGAAUCUCUAAAUGGAACUGGCGAAAGUAGCCUUGAUGCUGAUUGCGAUGACAAGCAUAGGGAAACGUCUAGCAGUAAAAAAACGGCUUCUGCUGCUAAAGAUCUGUCUUACAGUCCUGAGAAAAAGAUUAAGCUUAAGAAAUCCAAAGGGCAUGAAUGCCCAUUCUGUGACCGCGUUUUCAAGUCUGGUCAAGCUUUGGGUGGACACAAAAGGUCUCAUUUUAUUGUAGGUACUGAGCAGAACAUGAAUCGAUCUUCAGCAGUCAAGAAAGAAGUUGAUGAUUUACUCGAUCUCAACCUUCCUGCUCCUGUUGAUGACGAGGAUGAUGAUGAGCAUGCACACCUUGUGUCUUGGUAGUUGGUGAUAAACAAGGUUAAAAGACGUUUGAGCAUUUGGCAGAGGCAAUGCUAGAAUGUAGAGACAAUUUGGCAAGCAUAGAUACAUCAAUUUUUUUUUUUUGAUAUCAGAGAGGGUAGCAGUUUCAUUCUUGCUGAUCAGUUGAAAGAACCUCACAUUUCUGUCUGAUAUUUGGCAUAUCUUUAGUAUAUGCUUCAAGUUUUGCUGGUUAAAAAUAUUCAUUUAGGUUUGAGACAUUUCAUCUGUUACUCACUGUCUUAUUCUAAAGCCAAGUGAUUUAUUUGGUUUUGCCAUUAUUUGAUGAAGCUUUAUCUCUAUUGU